AUGGAGAACGCAAAUCGCGAAGAAAAUCCCCUCCCCACAGGCCUACUACGUGAGCCCCCUGAACCGGUGCCUCGCGACCGCCAGCAUCACCUUCAAGGGCCUAGGGCUACCGCAUACGGAACCCUUCCAGCCGCUAAUCAAAGAGGUGAGUGUCUUCUGCGCGAAACACUCGGUCUCCAUACCUGUGACAGCCGUUCGAGCAAGACGGCCAUCGCGCAGGAAUACCCGCUGUACCGGUUCGAAGAAGACUUCGCGGAGGAAGAUCCGCUGUACGACCCCGAGCUGCGCGAGUCGGACUCUGCGCGGGAUGUCCGGCUCCGCGAGCUCUUGCUCGAUGUGUUUGCGCAUGAUGCGAGUACGGUUGUGUCGUUGACGGCACAUUCGGGGGCGAUUACGAGUGUGUUGGCGGUGGUGGGGCAUCGGCGGUUUGCGCUGAUGACUGGGGCGGUUAUUCCUGUGCUGGUUAGGGCGGAGAGGGUGGAGGGUCCGACUCCCCCUGUACAGGUUGAACCGCCGACGAGGGCGCCUGUGUGUCCUGGGAGUCGCAUCUAG